AUGGAGGGGCUGCAGGAGCAGGGCGUGACUACAGUGAAGCUGGAUGUGACUAACGAGGAUGAUAUCAAGUCUGCAGUGGAUGUGAUUGUAAAGAGCGCCGGGCAGAUCGACAUUCUUGUGAACAACGCGGGUGUGCUUAUAAUGGGGCCUGUGGCGGACCUCCAUCUCUCCUCCUGGCGCCAAGGCUUUGAAACCAACCUGCUGGGGGCAGUGGGCAUGGCGAAGGCAGUGUUCCCCCACAUGGCUGAGAAGCGGAGCGGUUGCAUCGUGAAUAUAUCGAGCAUCUUGGGUUACCAGGCGUUGCCCAUGGGCGCAGUGUAUUCGGCGUCCAAGGCAGCGUUGAACGCAGUGACCAACUGCAUGCGCAUGGAGAUGAAGCCGUUUGGAAUAAAGGUUGUGCUCGUGGCGCCUGGGCUCAUAAAGACUGAGCUGUUCGGCAAAACCCCUCAGAUCUCCGCCCAGCUGCCGACCACCAGCCCGUAUGCUCCCUGCCAGGCCAACAUUGACAAGAUGGCUAGCCUGCCCCAUGCAACAGCCAUGACUCCCCCGUCCCACCUUGCUUCUCUCAUUGCCAAUGCCUCACUUUCCCCCAACCCUCCGUGGCGCCUUUUUGCUGGAGAGAUGUGGGUUAGCGUGAUGGCGAUGGUGUGGUUUGCCCCUGUGUGGCUCGCCGACUGGGUUUGUUGGGGUGCGGAAUAUGGAAAGGUUCUUCCAGCAGCUGAGAAAAAGAAGAGGAUUGCUGACGUGGGGGAGAAGAAGCAGACUUGA